AUCUAAUUAAUUAAUAUUAGCGACUUACUAUUCUCAGAGUCAAUCCGGGGACGGCAAAGAGUCGUGUAGGAAGAAGCAACAAACGACCUUCUUCGAUCACCCUUCAACUCAACACUGUUUACAAUACUACCACUUUUCUUUGCUUCCUCUUCAAUUUUCUCAUUUUCACACUAUUCAAUUCGAUUAAAAAGAAAAGAAGAGAAAGACCACUGCUUCAGUUCAGCCUCUCUGCUUCAGUCUACAGAUAAGAUAACAGACGGAGUAGUCAAAGCGAGAGGAGAGGGUUGGUGUUGACUCCAACCAUGAGUAACCCUAACCCCAACCCAGAAGAGGAGAAGAGGCUCCAGGAUGAGCUGUUGGGUCCCAUCAUACUCGGAGAAAGAGUCAUAAAACUGGCUGAGGAGGCUGAGUCAUCCAAGGGGGACUGCACGGACCUCGCGAAGAAGGUGCAGGUGCUGUGCGACAACCUACGCUCCGUCGUGCGCGUCGUGUCGGGGAGUCAGUGCGUCAACGAGCGCCCCAUACGUCGCAUCGUCGGCGAGGUCUCCAAAAACCUAGAGCGCACGUUAGCACUCGUUCGCAAAUGCAAGAAGCACGGAGGCGUCCUCCGCCAGGUGUUCUCCAUGACCACCACUGCCGACUUCCGGAAGGUCUGGAACCUUCUGGAAUCUUCGAACGGCGACAUGGUGUGGCUCCUCAGCAUCUUCGACUCCAAAGGCACCAAUCUCUCCCUCCCUCCCAUCGCCAGCAACGACCCCAUCCUUGCUUGGGUCUGGACCUACACCUACACCCUCCAAUUGGGCCAGCCCAAGGACCGCGCCGAAGCCGCCACCGAGCUUGGUUCACUUGCGAAGGACAACGACCGCAACAAGUUCAUCAUCUUGGAUGAAGGUGGGGUGUUGCCGCUCCUCAAGCUUCUCAAGGAAGCUGCUUCUCCCGAUGCUCAGGUUGCUGCCGGCAAUGCUCUCGUCAACAUUGCCACUAAUCAAGAUAGGGUCGUUAAUUUCAUAGUGGAUUCCCAUUCUGUCCCCACCAUUGUUCAGGUCCUCGGUGAUUCUCCUAUGAGGGUUCGUGUUUCUUGCGCCAAUUUGGUAGCUGUCAUGGCCGAGCAAGACACCCAUGCCCGUGAGGAGUUUGUGAGGGCCAAUGUGACUAGGCCUCUAGUGUCCUUGUUGUCCAUGGAUACCGUCCUUGCCGACCCCAUGGCAGGCCGUGCCAGCAUUCAUUCCCUGGUUCUGAAUUUGUCCUCCGCAAAGGAGGCCAAUUCGGAUGGGAGUGGCAGAGGGAGCAACCACCAUCGCAGGGAAAGGGAAAAAGAGGUUGAGAGCCUGGAGUUGAGGAAUGAUGUCAAAGUCAGUUGUGCUAAGGCUCUUUGGAAACUCUCUACGGGGUGUCUUUUAGCUUGCAGGAAGAUUACUGAGACUAAAGGUUUGCUUUGUCUCGCAAAGAUUAUUGAGACUGAGAGUGGGGAAUUGCAGUUCAAUUGUCUUAUGGCUGUUACGGAGAUUGCCGCUGUGGCAGAGUCGAAUGCUGAUCUUAGAAGAGUUGCUUUUAAGAGAACUGCUCCGGCGGCAAAGGCAGUGUUGGAUCAGCUUUUGAGAGUGGUUCAGGAAGAGAGCAAUGUGGCAUUGCAGAUUCCUGCCAUUAAGGCGAUUGGGUCCUUGGCCAGAAACUUCUCUGGAAAGGUUCCACAAGUUCUUGGUCCUUUAGUUGACCAGCUUGGUAACCGAGAUGUUGAUGUAGCAAGUGAAGCUGCCAUUGCUUUGGGGAAGUUUGUUUGCCAGGAAAACUACAACUUUGUUGACCAUUCUAAAUCAAUACUUGAGCUUGAUGGAAUUCCCAAGUUGAUGAGCUUGCUGCAGUUUAAUGAUCGUCAACAAGUGCAUGGCCUAAAAUUACUUUGUUACCUUGCCUUAAAUGUAGGUGACAGUAAGGUUCUUGAGCAAGCGCGUGCCUUGAGUACUAUAGAGAGGUUUGCUCGUCCUGUUUUAGCUCAACAUCCUGAUAUGAAAGAUCUCUUGGCAAAGGCCAUACACCACCUCACUCUUUAUCAGCCAGGAGCUCAAUUGCACAGACAGCCCUUGGGGCUGUAAGAGCAAGAGCCACUGAUUUCGUUAAUCAAAAUAAUGAUUCUUGGUUUCCUUCUAGAGAUCUAAAUCCCGUCCGGAAUUAUGUGAAUAAGCAGAAGUCAUGUAUUCCUCAGACAUAACGGCUUCUGCAAUCAAAUUUGGAAGAGAAGAGAAGACUAGAUUUCAUAUUUGUUCGCUGGUUAUUAAAUGAAGGGAGGAGGGGUAUAAAUAUUUUGCAUUGUUUGGUGGGAGCAUAUCAGGAGCUUGUACAAUAUGUUGAUAAUGUAAGUUGGCCUAAGGAUCUCUUCGGAUGUACUUCAAGAGGCAAUCUAAUGUUUGAGAAGUAAGGAUAAUGGCGACCAUAAUUUUGAUCCAAAUUUAUCCUGGUAGCUAUAUCUGUGGAGUUUCUUGUUAUUAAUUACUAUAUAAACCUAAAUAAUAUGAAAUGUAAAGUUUGUACAAACUUGUCAGGGAUUAGAUAGUGUCUCCAAGGUUUGCAGCUUGCGCUCUGGACUAGGUAAUAUAUGGACAAAUAUGUUGUUUUAAACAGUUAGCAUGAAUAUCUUGCAUUGUUUUCUGGAAGCAUAAUAUCAGCUUGUACAUCACUGAGGAUAUCUUGGGAUGUUCUUUUAGAGGCAAUCCAGUGUUUGAGAAAUAGAGUGUGGUGGGAGAAAUUGGCUUACUAGAUAUUAAUUCAGGAAUGAUGUAUAAAUUCUUAAGAAUUUCUUGGCAUUAUGAACUGCAUAAAUCUACUUAAUGGACUGUCUGAAGCUUGUACAAAAUUGUCAUGGAUUAAAAGUGUCUCCAAAGCUUCAACUGUCGUUCUGGAUAGGAAGGUGAAUAUUUGGGCCAACUAUGUCGUUUAAAGCCAUGGACGUGAUGUUUUAGAGUAAUUUAUUCUCACUCGGGCUACAUUUUUUCAAUAUUAUUCUGAUUGUUCUUCAUUUAGCUUUGCAUAGCAUAUACUGAAAAAGAAUUAAGUAAAAUGUCAUUGACCAAGUUGUGAACAGGGAAUGGACUUGCCGGUGGCUUAGUCUUCAGCAAGGUAUCGUGCAUUUCUGUUUUCUGCUGUUAAGUCGCGGUAUUUCUAUCUCGGAGAUACUUGAGAGUUGUGAUAAGGCCUGGAUGAUACUAACCUUCUCAAAUUAGUGUGAUAACUUCGUUAGACCUAAUCUGUUAGUUGUUAUUAAAUGUCAUCCCCGGAAUCGGAUUUUGUUGUUGGUUGUAACAUUGUAAUCAGACGGAUAAGUUUAUGACAGCAGGGUAGACCACCCUGAAUUCCCAUUUGCUUCGAUAUUCUAAAUAUAAGUGUGUUGUUGCACAGGCCCUGUCACUGGUUUUCAGAAUAAAAUUUACUACGCCCUUCCUUGAGUCUAACAAAUUGCAAUACAAGUCAUUUUCCUGGGGUAAGCACAAGCACGUGACCUUCAAUUUUUAGUUGCUAGAUUACGUUUCUAAUGCCAUCAAUUUCUGAUUACACAUCGUUAUGUAUUUUAAUGCUCAAAAAGUAGACACUUGGUUCGAUGGUCUUCCCCCAAAUAUAGAUGAGCCAAGAGUCUAUCCCCAUUUCCCCCCAAACCUUCUGAUGGAAAAUUGAGCUGCUUUUUCCUAUGGUAAAUAAAUAAGUAUAUUUAAAACCAAUUUUAAUAAUGAUCUUUUCACCCACGCUGAACUUUCAUUUAGGAAUCACUUUUCCUUAUCUAAUGAUACGGAUCAAUUGUCACUUACGUACAAAGAAUGAUAAUGUAUGGAUGAGUAAGAUGGCCAUGUUGUAUGUUUUGUCAAUUGCCAAUAUUUUGGGAUGGCAUUUUGUACAGCUAACAACUGCAUCCUCAAAAAAACACACGAGAAAUCAUGCCAUUGAAUGUUGGCAACAACACCUUUUUUAUUUUUUAUUUUUUCAAUGACUACGAGGAGGUUUGUACCUGUAAUUUCUUGCAAGUUACUGCAAACUUUUUUCUCCUGGCCUAUUCCUAGUGACUUGUGCUGAGAGUAACUUGAGUUAGAAGGGAAUUCGAGUUUCAGUUAACUUUGUUAAACCAAGUAAUUCAUUAGGAUGUGCGAUGAAACUAGAAAGUCACACCUCAAUACUCGUAUAUGCAAUAGAAGACGCUCAGUGAACACGUAACUAGAAGUUUCGUGGUUUGAGUGAAGAAAGCGCAAUCAGUGAAAAACACAUUUCCAUGGAUGUCAACUGGCAGCUUAUCUUUUUGAUGAGUAGCUAUUAUUAAGACGUUCAAUUUAAGGAAUGCUUUAUGUACUUUUAAGUUUGUUCGCUUUCUCGUUAGCCUCGAAAUUAAAAAGAAAUAGGAAAAAAGCAGUCUGUUUCCUUUGUGGUGUUAAGGUCAUAAUCACUUUUAAGCCAUGAAGCCGAAUUCAUUCGGUAAAAGUACUCUAUUUUGCAAUUUUUACCUUGUUAAAGACUCGCCAAAUGUCAAACAUAAUUGUUUCUAGAUAUUUUGCAAUCAUGCUAAGAAGUAUGUUUCUUUUAUCUAACAUCAUUACAACAUAUCAUCGAUUCUUCUAACUUAGUGCUUGUAAUUAUGUUAGCAAGGUCUUUCGGGCUAAAAUUCAUCAUUCCCAAUGACAGUUAAAGUUUAUUUUUGACAUUGUUUUCCAUUCUCAUGGCCAUGGUCCAUCUAUUCCUCUAGAAGCAUAAGCUCUCUGGUUAAGUUCAACGCUUCACUCAUGCAUUCGAUUUAAAGCCCAGACAUCAUGCAUCAUUGGGUUCUACCUAACUUCAUUUUUAUUCGAUUUCUCAAGUUCUUUACUUUAGUGCCAUUGCCAAUCGCAUAAGAAAUCAAUUGUUAGCUAUCAUAUCAUUUCAAACUCAACGUGUAAAUUGAGCUUAGCUUAUAGAAGCUAAAUAUUUCACGGGCCCAAUUAGUUUAAUUCAAGAUUAUACACACUUUUGACAUCCGUGAUUGUGUAAUAUUAUUUAUUCAACUUCAAGGUUUAAAGUAAUAGAUUACCUUUUUUACUACUUAGAUGGUUGGAACACGUGAAAAUUUAAUUUACGAUUAAAAUUGAGGUUUAAAACUUUA